CCGUCUCUCUUGUGAUUUGCAUCCUACAAUUCACCCUUCACUCUGCCGAGUACGACGUGCGUGCUCUACUCUCCCUCCGACAGCGCAUACGAUACAUCGCUUGGCCCCAGGGCCCCCUCCCUUGUCGAGAUGGUGUCGGCCGACCGCCAGACCAUCAUGGAGACCAACAGGUCGCUCCGCAACAUUAAGACAGAGCUCGAGAACCUACUAGAAAAGGGCGUCAUCGACGAGGCAGUCUUCGACCAGAUCCACGCCGCCCUGCCCGACGAGUCUCCCCUCCACGGACCCCUCCGCACUGCGACCAGCAACAACAACGCAUCCCCCGCCCCUACGCGAAGCAGCCCGGCGCCCAACAACAACAGCAACGGCGUCAGCCCGCCCCCUCCGGCCCAGCAGCCCCCGACGCAGGCGUUCCAGAACCUCGGCCUCAACUCGACGACGUCGCCCGCGCCGCCCUCCUACAACGACACGCCUCCCCCCAGCGUGCCCACCCGCGGCAAGCCCGUCAUCGCCCACGCCCGCGCCAUAUACCGCUACGCCGCCUCGGACGCGCGCGACGUCAGCUUCGAAAAGGAUGACAAGAUCGCCGUGCACGAGUACAUGAACCAGGACUGGUGGAUGGGCGCCAACCUUCGCACCGGGCAGGAGGGCAUCUUCCCUCGCAACUACGUGCUCGUCGAGCCCGACCAGGAAAAGUCGGCGCAGCAGCCCUACCCCGGCGCCGCCGGAUACCCGGCCCAGCCGCAAUAUGGAUAUCCGCAGGGCCCGCCGCAGCAGCAGAACCCCUACAACUCAAGCGUGCCGCCCGUGGCCGUCGCCGAGGGCGGACAGCCGUCUGGCGGGCAACAGCAGGGCGACGGCAAGGUCGGCGAGUACGGAAAGAAGUUUGGCAAGAAGCUGGGAAAUGCAGCCAUCUUCGGUGCGGGUGCCACGAUUGGCGGAAACAUUGUCAACAGCAUCUUCUAGGUGCUCGGCGGAUGCUUUUGUGUAUGGUUCCCUUUCGCAUUGUGCUUGACGGGCCUCAAGGCAGUGCACGAGGGGCAGCGGCAGUUGUCGUGAGCCUUCUGGGAUGGCGUCUGGAGUUUUCCGCUCGCAAGCAGCCUAAAUAGCAAGAGCAAAGUAUGGCCAAAUAAUUGGAUAGUGAUCUUGUUCCGCUCCCUACUAC